AAUACCAUAGACCACGUUUCUGUUUCCAUAACCUCAAUUUCAUUUCAUCCACACUUACACAUUUGCCUUUUGUUUCCUCUUUCUUACAAAUACAAAAUACUUACAAUUUGUAAUGACUUCUUCAAUGUCUUCAAGUGUUCUACUAAGCCUAUUCCUCUUUAUUUCUUUACUCCAUUUGAGCUCAGCAGCAAGAAAACUAACACAAAAUGACCAACAAUUAAAGUUCCAAUACCACAAAGGCCCUCUUCUCACCGGAAAAAUCUCCAUCAAUCUCGUAUGGUACGGUAAAUUCAAUCCAUCCCAACGAGCCAUAAUCUCUGAUUUCAUCACUUCAAUUUCCUCACCGACCAUCAAACCCCAACCAUCUGUCGCUACGUGGUGGAAAUUAACGGACAAAUACUACCAUCUCGCAAACUCACAAAACCUCGUGCUCACGACAGGUUCCCACAUCCUUGACGAGAAUUACUCAUUCGGAAAAUCACUCACCAAUGAUCAAAUCAUAAAGCUAGCAUCCAAGGGCUCACAGACAAACGCCAUCAACGUUGUUCUCACUUCGGCUGACGUGGUAGUUGAUGGGUUUUGUUCCAGUAGAUGUGGGACACAUGGUUCUUCAGUAGACCAUAAAUUUGCUUACGUGUGGGUGGGUAACUCAGAGACACAAUGUCCAGGCCAAUGCGCAUGGCCCUUUCACCAACCUAUUUAUGGGCCUCAAAGCCCACCGUUAGUUGCACCCAAUAACGAUGUGGGCCUUGACGGCAUGGUGAUUAACGUGGCUAGUUUAUUGGCUGGGGUCGUGACGAACCCAUUUGGAAAUGGGUACUAUCAAGGCCCCAAAGAAGCACCUCUUGAAGCCGCUUCGGCUUGUACUGGAGAGUUCGGUAAAGGGGCUUACCCUGGCUACGCUGGGAACCUCUUGGUGGAUCCAACAAGUGGUGCGAGUUAUAACGCUAAUGGUGUCAAUGGAAGGAAAUAUUUGUUGCCCGCACUCUUUGACCCGACAACCUCGGUUUGUUCUACUCUAGUAUAACAAAAACAUGGUACUCGGAUGUCUCCCACGAUUAAGCAGUGCAGCACAAACAUGCCUCAUAUUCUUCUUCCGUACUGCUUGCUUUCUUUAUUCAACAUUUCCACUCAUCAAUACAGUCUCUGUUAGGUGUGUUAGCCUCCAAGGAAAAUUAUCAAAGAUAUACUUUUAUUUUAUUAAUUUAAUUUUGGUGAAAAUAUAUUCCUUUUUAAUUCUGAAAUGAA